AGGAGAGAUUUAGAACUUUAACAAGUUCAUAUUACAGAGGAGCACAAGGGAUAAUCAUGGUGUAUGAUGUAACAAGAAGGGACACAUUCACCAAUCUUUCUGAUGCAUGGGCUAAGGAAAUUGAUCUUUAUUCGACUAAUCAGGAUUGCAUCAAGAUGCUAGUAGGGAACAAGGUCGAUAAGGAAAAUGAGAGAGUUGUGACAAAGAAAGAGGGCAUCGACUUUGCUAGGGAAUAUGGAUGUUUGUUUGUAGAAUGUAGUGCAAAGACUCGAGUUAAUGUUGAGGAGCUCGUCUUAAAGAUCUUGGACACCCCCAGCCUGUGCGCUGAGGGUUCGUCAGGCAUCAAAAAGAACAUUUUUAAGCAAAUGAGCAGCAGAUGUUGUCCACGAUCGUGGAUGGCCGUGCUUUCCAAUAGAAGAUUUUUCUUAACAGAAUAUAGAUAUUUCCUCUACACUUAUAUUAUUGUAGAUAAGAUUUUUGUUUGA